UCUCAUAGGGUGUCACUGUUUCAACCAUGCAACCACAUUCUCCUACAAAAGACCGCGUACGCAAUCACUCAUUGUGGGGGUCAUACAAGGUGCUGCCUGCCAGGACAAGACUUUACAUAUCAAUGGGUGUCUGCACGCUGGGCGUAGCGGGUUUAUUCGUCUCAGAUUACCUGGAAAAGACCCUACCACCCACACCGCGUGGUACUGCAAAGUCGCCCUCGACUUAGAUUGAACCUACUAAUGUUCAACAUGUCCGUCUUGUUAACGUGGCAAAGGGUGCUAAGGAAGAUGUCGUGUAACGAAUAUCUAUACAUAGUUUCGGUGCAUUUCGUUUCAUUCCAACAAGUGACCGUUGGUGUAUGACCCUGAGUACUCUAGAGGUCUUGCAGACAUGAAGAAACAAUAAAAGCAUGUCCUGGAAGAGUGACCCUCGCAUAAAAUGGAAUCACAUCGAAAUCAGAAACUUGCCUUGCAGUGCCUAGCAGCACAAGCAGUAUGGUUGCUGAGAAAGGCAAUGCCCACAGCGUCAUCAGUGGAAGCCAAGCAGUGACCGUCACAUUCAAAAUGUCCUUCAGAGAACCCCUGUGGUUUUGUCACGAAUGCCACGCUGAGAUGAGAC